AUGCUAAUCACGGGCGCCAACGGUGGCGUUGGACGGGCGGUCGUGCAGUCGUACGCACGCGCCGGAGCGUCGCACAUCGGACUGGGCUUGCGGCGCAGGGUCAGCGACCUUGUUGGCGUGGUCAAGGCGGCGGCGGCAGAGAGCGGACACCCAGAGCCGACGGUGACGGUGCUGAUUAUCGACUUGGAAGAGCGAGCAAGCGUCGCGGCGGCGGCGGAGCAACUCGAGCGCGAGUGGGGCCGGCUCGACAUUGCUGAUUACUGGCAUGCCUGGGAGAUUAACAUCCGCGGUACCUAUUGGCUUGCCAAGGCCUUCCUGCCUCUGCUGCUGCGCUGCGGUGGCGACAAGACUUUCGUCGCCAUUAGCAGCCUGGGCGCGCACAUCUGCACCCCGGGUGCGAGCUCUUACCAAACGACGAAAUUUGCCGUCGUCCGCUUCGCUGAAUUCCUGAUGCAGGAUUACGGCGAUCAGGGAUUGUUAGCAUACUCUAUGCAUCCAGCGUCAAUGCUCACCGAGCUUGCCAAGAACAUACCUUCAAACAUGCACCAUCUCCUCAAUGAUACUCCCGAACUGGUUGGCGAUACUUUCGCGUUUUUGGGCAGUAAGAAGAGAGACUGGCUUGCUGGUCGGUUCGUCGCUGUGUGCUGGGAUAUGCCUGAGUUGAUGGCGAGGGAGAAGGAGAUUGUCGAAAAGGACGCGCUCAAGUUUCGUAUGGUUAUGUAG